AUGGAGCAAUUUCUCAUCGACGACGCAGACCGCUACGAGGAGCUGGUUCAGGCCUUCAACCCCAAGCCCGCGGCUCCGGUCAGAGCGGGUUCAACAAAUCCCGACUUUCUCGUCAGUACUCGCAUUAGACCACUGCUACCAGAUGAGAUCUCUCAGGACUUUCCCGAGAGUAUCUGUUCACGGCCUGGUGGUGCGAAUAUCAUCAACUUGCACGAGCUCAAGAAGUCAGUGAGGGGGUUGCCUUGUCUGAAUUCCUUCAGCUACCCGGUCGACCGCGUCUUCGGCCCCGACAGCACCACCAAGCAAAUCUACGAUGCCAUUAUCCAGCCCCUCGUCCCCUGGGCCUGGGGCGGAGGUGUGAGCACCAUGUUCGCCUACGGGCAGACAGGAUCAGGCAAAACCUUCACCGUCAGCGGGUUGGAGGAGCACGGCACGUUGCAGAAACAAGAUGGGCUCCUCUACGUCAUCGACCUUGCCGGGUCGGAAACCGCCCGCGACAAGUCCACCCACGGCGCGGCGAGGAUGAGGGAAGCGAGAGAGAUCAACACCAGCCUCUCUGCUCUAGAAGACUGCAUCAGGGGGAGGGCGAUGGUUGAUCCUGAUCCCGGGUCUGGGAAGAAGGCGCAUGUGCCGUUUAGGCAGAGCACACUGACGAAGACGUUGAAGCAUGUGUUUGAUCCGAGCCCGGUUGGGGGGGGGGGGAGAGAUAGUUGUGGUGGCGCCAGCAGAAAUACGUUGCGGUAUGCGGAGUUGUUGAGGGUUACGGCUGGGCCGGCGGGGAAGAAUGUACAAGAUUAUGAUGAGAAGAGGCCGGUCACGUGGGGGAAUGGGGAGGUGAGGGAGUGGGUGGGGAAGAAUUCGGGAACCCCUCCUGUUGAUGGAAACGUUCUCGCCCCGACGGAAUCGGGAGCGCAGCUUUUACGGUUGCCUGUUGCGGAGUUUGUGGAGAGGUGUCUCAAGACUCCGGGGGUGAAGAUGGAGCAGGCCACGGCGUUUCAGAGCAGAGUUUUGGCAGCUGCAUGUUGAUAACUUGCGCUCUCAGUCCUCUUCCCAGCACUCCAUGGAGAAGCCUGAGGUCAAGUUGACGAGGAUGGAAAGGCUUUACUCGAGCGCGGAUAUUGAAGGGCCGCCGCACGCGAGGGAUGUCCCUUCAAGGAGAGGAUUAAGCCGGGCA